GGGGAAUGAGCUAAAAUGCAAGAGUAUGGUUUUCUAAACGCGUUAGCGUCUGACGGAGAGGAGGGUGACGUGAUGACAUAAGAAGGCGACAAAGUGCGCAUGCGGCUCUGGCUCUGGGAAGGUUGGAGGGAGACACAGCCCUCCACAGGCAGCUACACGUCUGGAACGAUGAUGACUGAUAUGGUUGACAACCACCGGGAGAGCUGGGAUUCUCUCAUCUGUGCCGUGGAGAAGUACCGCAAACAGACGGGCAACGAUGUGGUCCUUCUCACGGCAUACCGGCCGAAGCUGCAGUCCAACCUUGCCUAUGCAGUCCACGGGACAGGGGCCCUCUCAGAAGCCACAAAGCAGUACUUGGACGACAUUGCAGUUUUCCACAAGACCUCCGCUUACACCAACAGUGUGAUCGCAGUGCCCAACAGCAAGAAAGCCUCCGGGCAGGACGAGCAUGCUUCUGAGGCCUUCUCCAAGAGCUACCCGUCCAUUUAUGGUGAGGGUGACUUGACAACUGACGAUCAGGGUCUGGCCAAUCCAGGACCAAUGACCGAGCGUGGCCCUGAGACGGCAGAAACAGAGGAGAGGACGGCCUCUGUAUCAGAGAGAGAAGCGGACAGAUGUAGCUUAAAUGAUACUUCAGCCAUGUUCACAAUGGAUGAGGAAUCAACCAGUCAGGACUGUGAGCCCUUCUUUGAAUCUGACCUUGAUGGAGAAAGCACAGAUGAUGGCAGUUUGAGCGAGGAACUCCCUGCCCGUUCUCAAACGUUGCCCCAAGCAAGGCAUCACCAAUAUGCCAAGUCCCUGCCUGUGUCUGUCCCCAUCUGGGGAUUCAAAGAUCUGAAGCCAAAGAAGUUCGCUGAUGGGGACAAUGAAGAAAGGUUGCCUUCACCAGAUUUGGACAAGAUUGCUGCUAGCAUGAGGGCCUUGGCCAUGAGUGUGACAGACGGCACUGAGAUGUUUGGUGACCUCCCCCGUCCCCGACUCAACACCGGUGACUUUCAGAAACCCUACCGGAAGUACUAAAGCACUUUUCAAUGCCACCACAUGUUCCACCCUUCCCUCCCCUUCCUUUCUCCCUCCGUUCUACCCCUUACCCUGCCAAGUGCAACACUACAGGAACCCUUCCCGCAAGGAAAGUUGUUAACUGGCCCAGGGCUAUGCCACGGGCCAGCCGCUUCAUGUAGCAUUAAGGUUACUUGUAACAAAAGACUGGCUAAGAAGUUGAUUCAGUAACUUUUCAAAGAUGAAGAAAGCAAGAAACUUUAUAGUAUAUUUUUCUGGCAAAAGUGUGUAGCAGAGUGCCCAAGAAUCGACUUUUAAUGUUCCAACUUGUCCUUGUGUCUUUCUCCUCCUCCCAGCAUGCUUUGUGAUUUUUUUUUUAAAAAACCAGCUAACUGAGCCCUUUCAUUAUAUUCAGACAAGAGCAUGGUUCACAACAGAAGACCCUCAACAGCUCGCUCGCUCUCUCGCUCAACUGCAGAUACCAAUACGAUCUUGCCAGUCCCACCAAGACAGGUGGUGCAAAUCCAUGCUGUUUUAAAAACAAUUGGUUUUGUUUGGGAUUAUUGUCAACAAUCCUCGUCCAUGUUGCUUCUCCCCACCCCUCCAAAACAAAACCCUAAUGGAAUUCCAUUUGAAGACAGCAGCUCCCUUCCCUGCAUUCAGUGAGUGGUGUGGUCACCGUUUCGGUUUUCAGCUGGCACUGAUUUUGUUUUUUACAAAACUAAAUAAUUUCCACAAGAGAUGUCUGAAUCUGGUGUCUUGGUCACUUCCCUCUGCUUUGCUUUAAUCUUGUUUUUUUAAAAAAAAAGCGUGAGCCAAUAAUUUUAUUGCAAAUCAGGACAAAGGGACUAUCAGAUGUCAUUUUAGAAUGAGGUUGUCCUUUUGCUUAUUACAAGGCAAAUUCGGCUUCAGCAUGCCCAAAUUUGCUAAGAUUCCUUAUGCUGCAGGACUUCUAGGUACUUGGCUGUGUUUAUUCAAGUAAUUGGGCGAAUACGAUAUAUAGCAAAUGGUCUGGUCUGGUCUGGUCUGCUCACUCCUCAUUCCCUAACGAACAAGCCCUGUGGGCAUAUACAGUACAGCAGAGGUUGCAGUGCCCAUUACAUAGCUGCAGUACUGCAUCCUGGCACAGGCUGCCUGUUUCGCAGAUGACCGAGCAGGGUAGCCACUGGUAAUGUCCUGAGUAAUUAAGCUACCUGUUAAGUUUGCACGCACUCUGAAGUGAGCGUGUCACAGUAUUGGGUCUGAAUGGUUUGGCAUUGUUUGGAAACUGUAAAGUGUGCUGGCUUCUAACCAGUGUUUUAUCUUUCACGUGAGCAGGUACAUGGUAUCCCCGAGCGACACUCUCCUGAGUACGUUUGUUCAAAAACGGGUUCGCUUCUUGAUGCCACACACUAGCUACCAUUCACCAAGUGGUGAUUAACUUAAACGUGUUUACAGUGCUCCUUUUGCUUGUCGCCUUAGGAACCAAACGCUGCCUGGUGUUGACUUUUCAGAAUCACCCAGAGUGCUGCAACCCCCAUCCCACUCGCCCUUUCUGUCAUUGUCACCUUCCCUGAAAGUAUUGUGCUGAGGAUUGACUUGCAAUCAGUGCAAAUAUCGGAGUUGAUUUUUCCUUCUUCAAGUUGGUUUUGUUGCCUGAUGACACAUUUUGGCUUUUAUUUCUUCCUUCCCAGCUCUACCCACCAACCCACCCACACUUGCCUGUAGAUCAGAUUUGGAAGUCAGUAUCUUUUUUGCGCACCCCCAUUUCAUUACAGAAAUGUUGUAAUGCUUCAUUUGAACUGCUUCUUGUAAUCGGUGAAACUUGUCUAAGGCAAGGCAGCUGCUACCUCCCUAAAGACACCCAACGUGCCUUGGAGAUUUAAGGUCAGAUUUGUUUUCACUGCCUGCUUCUGCAGAGUCCACUUGUUUAGUUCUACUGACAUUUGCCCCAGGGUUCUUAAACUUGCAAAACUAGAGCACUGUUAGCUGUCCCUGAGAAUCAUUGAAUAAUACGAAGCUGCUUGAAGAUUGAUGAAUGCUUCUGCCUUUCUUUUUAAACAGUGAUUCUUCUGAGACAGAGAAAUGAUCUCUUUGGAGAUCAGAUUCCAUCAAAAGCUCUUGACAAGAUAGAUUUGCUUUUGGUUUGCUCUGGGUUGGAACCAAAGAAUGUGGUGAAGCGGAGUCUUCAAGAUCAGCUUCUGGUCAGAACUAUUGAGUGAAACUCCCUCCCACUGCCUGUCUAAGAUGGGCCUUUGGUGAAUUAGUUUUUAUGUCUCGGUGGGAAUUGGAAUGGGUGUAUGGUGGGGCUCCACCAUGUUAGCUUGUUGUGUACCCAAGCUGUAAGUCAUUAAUCCCUGCCAUCCCCAUCCCUUGUUCCCCACCAACCACCACCAAGCAGGAUCUCCUUUAGACUGUUUAUUGUUAUGAGCAGUUGUUACUAAGCUUGGAAUGUAAUUCUGGUAUACUUGAACACUACCACGUAGAUGACUGAAAACUCCUGUGACUGACCCUGACCUUGGUGCUUAAUAUCCCAGCUCAAUCCUCUGCCGUGGAGAGGAAAAAAAUCCCAGAAACAAAUGUCACCCUAUAAGGACAAUGCUUCAACAUGCUAUCCAGGCUUUGAGUGCUCUUUGGAACUGCGGGGGUGACCCAGCCACAUUGUCAACACAACCCAUCAGUGUUCAAGUUGGAGGGUGUGCACUUCUGUAUAAUAGUGUCCCAAUUACGAUGCUUUUGUUUUAAAUUGCAUUCCCAGCUCCUCUUUUUGGCCACUUCAGUGUAGCGGGCAUGGCUAACCCACUUUUUCCAUUUUUUUUUUAAACCCAUGUCUCCUACCCUCCCUCUGAGAGGUAGGUAAUGCCCUACCAUGUUGAGUAGCUCCCUGCUAAUCUGAGGUUUAUGUUGAAAUCUUCCACCAGUGGUUCUUCCUAAAUAUAUGGGAGAACUCGUACAAUGUUAUCAGCAGCUCUCCUUUGCAUUCAGCUUGAUGCAAGUCUGGGUUUUAAUGGACAGGAAGAGGCAGUGUCAUUUCUGCUGGGUGCAACUGGCCAGGGCGUGACGACUUGGGACAGGCUUUUUGAAAAGGCUGACUUCUUGCAGAGGUGGCCUGUGUUUUAACCCAGUUUUAAAUGGAAUUGAAUACAUGAUACGAGGCAGAAAUUGUGCAAUGUCUGAUUGAUCCGCUAUCUCUUUCUGUUUGGGUGUUUCUAAGUGCUGGAGACCCCUCUCCUUUCCACACUGUGACCUUGGACCUUAAGGGUCAGGAGGGGAAACUAGAAAUCUUAAAAUUUGGCCUGUUGCUUUGCUCUUGGCUCAACUUGCUGCCAGACUCUGGUCAGGAUGGACUUUCCAUCAAAGUUUAAUUUGUUGCUGGGAAUGAGGAUGAUAGGGAGCUGAAAAAGGGUUAUCAUAUUUGUGCUGUUGCCAGUAUAAUUGGAUCAUUCCAAUUUUGGAUCCCUAUAAUUAGUGGAAUGGUUUUUGUUUUAAUAUGGGGAAAAUAGAUACGCUGCAUUAUGUAGUAAAAGUUGGCUUCAGUUGUGAUACCAUUGGAUUGACGAGCUGUUGCUCCUUGUGUUGCAGGUUUGUUUAAAAAACAUUAAAUGUGGCUUCAGAAAGCUACAAAUGGAGGUUGUCUGUCCUGGGCUAUUAAUCUAGACAGUUAAAGUGUACAUCUGUUGCUGCCUAUCUGUAUUUCUAGCACUUUGUUUCAUUUUAAGCUGCCCAACUUUAUUUUUCUUCAGUGUGGUAUUUCUGGCAUGUGUUAAGGUGAGCGAGGAUAUGUGCAGUAUUUGAAGCUCUGUACACGAUCUGUGUUCAGAUUAUAUCUCUCCCCCAACAGCAUCUGGAGGCCUUUUGCAAGUGUAAGAAUGUUACUAUGUCAACCACUGCUUAUUGAUGUGGACUAGACUCCUAUUUCUGGUUAUAAUUUCACUUCAUCUGACUCCAACUAUCUGACCAAGGCACUUCAUUCUUUCAGAGAGAGGAAAGAAAACUGACAUUGAUUUAACCUUUUUUGUGAGACUGCAGAUAAUGCUUCAGUUUCUGUUAAUGGUAUGGAUACUUGGUACGAGAGAGAGAGAGAGCAUGCAUGGAAUGAGCUGUGUUUCUGGGAUAUCUGAAUUUUCAGAAUAUUUUGAGCAACCACGUUGCAUUUUGAGAUGUUUAACAAACUUGUAGGACAAUCACUGCUGGAGAUGUGAACAAAAUGAUGAGAAACUGACUAAAGGAUACAACUAUUCUCACUUUCUAAGAAUAAAGUCGAGUUGUUAUUACAAACGUG